AUGACUGUCGCGCAAGAAGUCGAAGCGUCCAACGCACAUUAUGCUGCCUCGUUUACUAAAGGGGAUCUGGCUCUGCCUCCGCAACGCAAAGUUGCUAUCGUAGCAUGUAUGGAUGCAAGACUCGAUACCGCCCGCGCCUUGGGCCUUGAAGAAGGCGACGCCCACGUUAUUCGAAAUGCAGGCGGUCGGGUGACGGAUGCACUACGCAGUAUUGUCAUCUCGCAGCAGCUCCUCGGAACGCGGGAGAUCAUCAUCGUGCACCAUACGGACUGUGGAAUGCUUACUUUCACCGACGAGGUGAUCCGCGGCAAAGUCCGGGCAGAUUUGGGUCAGAAUGUUGAUCAUAUUUCUUUUCUUCCUUUCGGAGAUCUCAGGCAGAGUGUUCUGGAUGAUAUUAAGCUGUUGGAAGAGAGUCCUAUCGUACUGGAUGUUCCGGUCACGGGGUACGUGUAUGAAGUGGAAACGGGAAAGAUCGUCAAGGUAGAAUGA